AUAAUCCGGGAGUACCACGUGUUCAUACUCCCUAGCCAAUUAUUAUUUAAUAUGCUCUCUCAUAUUUCUCAAUCACCCAACAUAAUACCCUACCUAUUCAUCUUAUCCACCAAUCACAAUGCUAUAAAACAUCACGUGUCUAUACUCCUAAAUUACUGAAUAAUUACCCUAUUAUGAACCAAUGUGGUAACGUGGACCUCUCCUAAUCCACUCUCUUUGACAAAAAUUCACAUGCCCCUUCCCUCGUUUUCUUUCCUUUCUUCUUGUCAUAGGAAGAAACAAAGAAAUGAUGUUUCAGAAAGAACUUUUUUAAAAAAAGAAAAAAGAAAAGAAAAGAAAAAGGAAGAUGUAUAGAAAUACAUAUAUUGACUCAAAGGAUCAAGGAAGUUGGAAUGGAUAUAUUUCCUCCUCCAAAUGACUCUUUAUCCACCACCAAAUUAAGCAACCUCUCAACAUUCUUCACUUAUUUGAGAAAAAAAAAAUAAUAAUAAAAAAAGGCGAAGAAGCAUGCGUUUUUCUCAUUUCUCAACUCUCAUCCUUGCCUACACCAUCUUCCUCCAAUGUUGUUUUUGUACCAGUGCUAGUGACUAUGCAACUCCGCAUUCCCUAGUUGACAACAUCGCCAUUAACUGCGGUGCCUCGGGAAAAUCAAUAGCAGUCGAUGGGCGUGAAUGGAUUGGAGAUAUUGGCUUCUCCAAUCUUGCCCCAUUCAAAUCAACGUCGUCAAAAUCCAACCAUCGAGCCUCUGACACAGUCAGUCCUGUCCCCUACAUGACUGCUCGGAUCUCUAGUUCUCAAUUCUCCUAUACACUGCAACUCAGUCCGGGCCAAAAAUUCAUCCGUCUUCAUUUCUACCCUACUUCAUACUCGGGUUUUGGACGGUCCAAGGCCUUUUUCACCGUGAAAGCGGGUCCCUACACUCUCCUCAGCAACUUCAGUGCCUCCCUGGCCGCGGAUGCUUUGGGCUUGAAUUCUUUCGCUAGAGAAUUUUGCGUGAACGUAGAAGAAAAUCGAGCACUAACCAUAACCUUCUCUCCAUCUCCUGCUAGUUAUGCUUUCAUCAACGGAAUUGAGAUCGUCUCCAUACCUGUAGGCCUUUAUUACACCGAUUCAGGGGUCUACGUCGUUGGCCAGAAAUACAAAACCUAUAUAAAAAACAACACUGCGCUUGAGACUUCUCAUCGCUUGAAUAUUGGCGGUGGCUUGAUUUUAUCGGUGGAAGAUUCAGGCAUGUUCCGGCAAUGGUUCGAUGACACCAAUUACUUGCUAGAAUCGAGUGGUUUAUUACCUGUUACUGGCACGGUUGCUGUCAAGUUCAUGAAUGCAGCACCACCAAAACUUUACCAAACAGCGUGGUCGAUGGAUCCAAACAUGCAAACCAACCAAUUGUACAGUUUUACAUGGAAAUUGCCUGUGGACUUGGGAUUCAGGUACCUGGUGAGGCUCCAUUUCUGUGACCUUGAAUAUCGGGCCAAAGAAAGCCACUACAGGGAGUUCAGUGUCUUCAUAAACAAUCAGAUGGCUGAGGCUUACACUGAUUUGCUCAGGUGGAACGCUGGAAACGGGGUUGCAAUGCAUAGAGACUACAUGGUGACGAUGGAAGGAGAAAGAAUAGAGGGAAAGCGUGAUGUGCUCGUAGUUGUACACCAUCACUACGAGUUGAGGACUACGCAGAGAGAGGUAAUCUUGAAGGGGUUAGAGGUUUUCAAGCUGAGCAACCCUGACAACAAUCUUGCUGGUGUGAACCCUAUGUUUCUAGUACAUGCCCCGACAACUAGUACCCCAAAGCUCCGAGCCUUGGUGUUUUCCUUUGGUGGUGUGAACACAGUCGCAACUGGGGUAGUAAUUUUACUCUCUCUAUUGAAUAUCACUGUUUACCAAUUGCGUAUUUGGGGAGAAAACUAUGGCGAAAGAAACAUCUCCUCGUCAUCAACAGCCAAGAACUUGUGUCGUCGCUUUUCAAUUCAUGAGAUCCAAUCGGCGACCAACAACUUCGAUGAUGCAUUAGUAAUUGGACAUGGUGGAUUUGGUAAAGUAUAUAAAGGGCUCAUCGAUGAUGGAGCCACCACUGUUGCCAUAAAACGGUUGAAUUUGAUGUCCAAUCAGGGGCCACGUGAAUUUUGGACUGAGGUGGAGAUGCUCUCCAAGCUUCGACACAUUCAUCUCGUUGCUCUGAUUGGCUACUGCAAAGACUCCCAGGAGAUGAUCCUUGUCUAUGAAUAUAUGGCCCAUGGGACUCUCGCAGAUCAUCUCUACAAAAAUACUAGAGAAGGUCAUAGCAUUUGUUGUCUCAAUUGGGAACGAAGGCUUAACAUUUGCAUUGAUGCUGCACGUGGAUUGGAUUACCUUCAUAGGGAAACCCAACCAGGAGUCAUACACCGAGAUGUAAAGACAACAAAUAUUCUUUUGAACGAAUAUUGGGUUGCUAAGAUUUCAGAUUUUGGAUUGUCCAAAAUUGACACCACAAGCCAGUCGCACACCCAUGUUAGCACAGACGUUAAAGGCACAUUUGGAUAUUUGGAUCCUGAGUAUUUCUCGAGCCAUAGAUUGACUUGGAAAACCGAUGUGUAUGCGUUUGGCGUGGUGUUGCUGGAAGCGCUGUGUGGGAGGAAGGCUGUGGAUGCAGAACUUGAGGAUGAACAACAACACAGUCUAGCCCUCUGGGCAAAGCACUGCAUCAAAGAGGGAAUGCUUGAUCAGAUCAUUGAUCCUACUCUAGGAGGGAAAAUAUCAUCGCGUUGUCUUAAGGUGUUUGUGGAAGUUGCUAGCAAAUGCUUGCAUAAAUGUCCAAAUUUACGGCCUACAAUGUUUGACGUGGUGGGAAGCCUACAGAUUGCAUUGGCGGCACAAUGUCAGAGAAUUGAUCCUUCCAUAAAGAUAGAGGAGGUGGAGGUGGAGGUAGAGGCGGACUAUGAAGAGGAUGAGGAUUUUAUCAAUCUUCGUAGGGCAGAAUUUGAGGAGAUUAUUGGGAUUACAACUCUGGAUCCGGGUGGUGCUGUUGUUGCGCAACGUACACAAGGCCCCAUGUUUGGGCAAGACGAAGGGGAAUUUCAGGCCAAGAGAAAAACCAAUUCAACAUUCAGCAAGUUGGUAAGGGGUAUUACACGUAGAGCUAAAGGUAUGGACAUGCCAAAGGAGAAGACAGAGAAUGGCAGAUCAGUGAAGCGGAAACCUUUACCAGUCAUACCAGAGGAACCUUUUCGACAUCUCUCAGUCGCCCAAAUUGAGUUAGCCACCAAUAAUUUUGAUUCUGCGUCUAUUAUUGAUUGUGAUGGUUCAGACAUUGUGUACGAAGGCUAUCUUGAGGAUGGAAGCCUUGUGGUUGUCAAAUGGAUAUUGAAGUCGUUGUUCAUUGGUUGUGAGUUUUGGGAUGAGAUCAGGAUGCUACCCAAGCUCCGACAUCCUUAUCUUGUCCCUUUGGUUGACUAUUUCCCCUACAAAUAUGGCGUGCUCCUUGUGUCUGAGUUCACCGCCAAUGAAAGUCUUCACGACCAUCUUUACGAUUGUGAGACUAAGGGUUACAGUCCUCUUUCCUGGAACCAAAGGCUUCGAAUUUGCAUUGACGUGGCUCGUGGAUUACAGUACCUGCAUAGAGGUUGGGAGCGUUCUAUCAUACACCCGUGUCUGCAAACUAGUAAAAUUUUGUUGGCUGAGGGGUGGGCUGGCAAGGUUUCGGAUUUUUGGUUGCCUAGGCGAUUCAAAGACGAUACAUAUAUGACAUCAGUAUAUGCAGCUCCAGAGUACAUAUAUGGUCUAUUAACCGAUAAAUCUAAUGUGUACUCGUUUGGCGUGGUCUUGUUAGAAGUAGUUUCAGCUAGAGAAGAAGCAUUAUAUCUUCCUUCACUGGAGAAUAGGCCACAGCUAUCCCAACUGGAGAAAGGAGGGUACAUCGAUCCGUUUUUAAUUAGAACUAAGAAAAUGGGAACUGCGAGUCUGAGGAUUUUUGUUGAGAUUAUGGAGAGUUGCUUGCAAUUUAACUGGCGUGAACGACCAUCAAUGGGUGAUGUGGUAGAGAAGCUUGAGUAUGCAUUACAGCUACAGGAAGAGUUCACUGAAUCUGCAAAGUAGGAUGUCAAAACUUGGUGAUAGCUACAAUUUACAAAUGUGUAAAUUAAUCCUACAGUCCCAGAGAAUUCAACCAAGAAUUUUCUGGGUAACGUGGUUGUGUAGUAGUGAUUAAAUUAGUGUUGUGUAAUGAAUUUGAGUUAUAGAUUGAUAUUUUUGGGUAAAAUUUAGAGUAACAAUUCUGAGAUUGUAGUAUUACUGAAUAUGAAAUACAAUAUAGAUAUAAAAUAUGA